AUGUCUCGUAAUCUUCACAACCUGAACAUCAGUAGUAACCCCAAUGCUACCGCCAACAACCUACCACCUCUUCAUUCGUUACAUCUCCCUCACUCCAACAGACCCAGAGAACCACCAAUUCAAACCUACCAACCAACCAACCCACCAUAUCUCGCGUUUCCUCAACCUCAUCACCCUACAUCCAAUACCACCUUCCCUCACCCAAUUCCCCACUCUGUACACCACCCACAUACCAACAGCCACUUCGAACCCUUUCGCCCUUCACACCCACUACCUGCACCUCACCAGAGACUCUUCAGCAACGACGAAGCCGUAAACGCUUUCAUUGCCAAUAAAGUCAACAGAGCAUCAAGCAUUCCCGACAUAAUACCAGGCUACAAAGGCAAGGGUUUCCUCGCAGCCCCACCCAAGCGGAUUGAUGCAGCCAUCAGCCGUCUCGAUUACAUCCCCUACCCAGCGGUGAUCAAAGGCCAAAACGUACCUGGCUUGCACUCAGCUGACGACGCCCUGGUACUCUCAGAGGGAGGUAACCUGAUUCAAAAAGGGCUAGAUGCUGCAGGGGAUGACUACAUCUCUGAACAUGACUGGACGCGGGCAGCAGAGAUUGUGGAAGCAUGCAUGCGCAUCCUUUGGGACCUCACCCGUUCUGAAGCGCUCAACAGUCACCAUCGUAUCGUCCGACAGAUGUCCGGCGAACUGGGUUGGGACGUUGCGCGUCGCUACGACAAGGAAGUUCGUAAAGCUUAUGCCAUAGAGAAGUCCAUUGACAUCUCGGAAUGGCUCGGCCAGUACGCCAACAAGGCAAUUUUAAUCCAAGCCUCCAAACGAGCAGCCGCACUUGACUGGGAAGCUCCCCCUCCAACAAAACGUUCCUGUGAUAGUGAUGCACCCUUCCGCGAUGAGGAACCACCAUUCCGGGGUUGGGCUUAG